AUGGCCCUGACCGUCCCUAUAUUCCUGUCCUACCGGAUGCACGUGGUGUUCCUGAUACUCAAGCUUCAUCUUGGAGGUGGGCCUCGACAAGUAGUACAGAAGCAGCAGAAGAAACUGGACAUGAAGCCCAUCGAACAGGGGAGCUCGACACAAGGUGCGCCAGGUGAUCAUGGUCCACUGGGUAACCACCACCAGCACACAUCUGAGGAGCAAAUCCAGGAGUGA